AUGAUACCCGCAAAUGAACUACGCACCUGGACCCGCCAGCUCGGCGACGUCACUUACACCGUCUCAACCGAUCCAUCCCAAAUUCAGCUUGACGCCCUCAAUGAUGCUUUCGCCUCCGACAUGGUCUACUGGGCAAAACCGAUCCCCCGGAAGCGCUCAAGCUCUGCGUGGAGCAGUCGCUGUGUUUCGGGCUCCGAAGAGGGCAGCCAAGGUCACAAAAUGGUCGGCUUCGGCCGUCUCAUCACCGAUUACGUGACUUUUGCGUACCUCACGGACGUCUAUGUACUGGCUGAACAUCAGGGCAAGGGCCUGGGCAAGUGGAUGAUGCAGUGUCUGGACGAGGUGCUGCGCUCGUGGCCCAACCUUCGGCGGUGUGUGCUGUUUACGCGGGGCGCGGCUGCGGUGAGGAUGUAUGGCGAGACCAUUGGGGCGCGGGAUGUCAGCGAGACGAGUCCCAGUCUAGUUGUUUUGGAGAAGCGCGGUCCGGAUGCCGCGAUGGCGGGUGGCAAUGAGAAGACAAGGGAACAAAAGGGCGACGGGAUCGCGUUGGCGGGGGAAGGAAGGUAA